AUGGGGGACUCUCUUCAGCUGAUAGGGAAGCGCCUGCUUCUGCGCCUGGAGGACGGGAGGUCGACAAAUGGCUCAGAGCCGAAGCAGGCAACAGUGGAGCGGGACUGGCUGCGGGGCACGGUCCGUGCCGUCAGUGUCAUGGGUCUGGGAUCCACGGAGGCGAGUGGAGACGGGACUACAACCCCCACUGCAGGGCUCACGGUGUUUGUCGAGUUCGAAAAUGCCAUGCAGCGCUGGUCAUGGGUGAAGGUGUAUGGUGACGGGGUGAAGGGUGUGCUGCUGGAGGACUCUGUUGUGUGGGCAUCAUAUCAGAAUGGGACUGGAGCAACAGCCUCCACAGCUGUCGUAUGGCCAGCUCUUUCUUUCCGCUCCUUGGUGGACAGAAUGGGCUUAGGGUCACUGGUUCCUGUGAUAUAUUUUGAACACAACAAUUUGGAUUUCCUACCUGAUAAAAACUCAAUCCAAAAAUUUGAGAUUGAGAAGGAUAUACGACACCCCUUGUUGUUGGAGCACCCUUCACUACAUUCUGCCAUUUCCAGCUGGUGUAAUGAUUUUGAGCUGCAGGAAAUUUUUAGGAAGGGAUCUUACACCAUCCAAGGACGCAGAGUCCGUGUGUACCAGCCUGAAUUUGAAGAGUGCUGGGCUAUGGGCCUGGUUUCCCAGCAUGACCCUGUUUCGCAUAUUAUGGAGAUUACUUUAGACAAGGGAAAAGAAACUCAGACUGUGGAUCCUCGUGUUAUACAUGUUAUGUUAGUUGGAGAGGAGAUUUCCAAAAAUGGACGGAAAUUCAUUGAAACAAUGAAGGGUGACACGGGGCGCCGACGGAGGACUGCCUCAGAAACUGAUGAUGACUUGAACCUCAAGCGCUUCAAAGGAGCUUCAGAGGCACGGAACAGUGGAGUCUCUCAGGAGGGAGUGGUUAUGUGGGGCAGUGACUCUGUAGUCAGCAGCACUACUAAAAAUGGGGGCUCAGCUGAUGGAAAUGUACCCAAAGUGUUAUCCCCUCAUCUUGUAAAUAUUAAAGAAAAUGGACGUCCACAUGUAUCACAUGUGGCUGCAGACUCCACUUCAAACACGGCUCACAAUCCAGUGCCACCUCCCCUCAAGCCAGCACCUUCCCCUUUCUCCACCUCCUUUCCUUCACUGGGACAGAUGCCGAGUCUGGUCCAUGGAGCUCCAGCUCCUAAGGCCUCCCCUUCAGCAUUGACAGAGCGAGAAGAGGCGUCUCAGUCUGCGUUCACUAAAAAGGCUCAGCUGGUCUCCCCAGGGCCUGUCACAGUGACCCAGAGUGUCACACAGUCUUCUUCUUGGGGAGCACUGACAGAGAAUUCAAAUGCUCUGGGUUUCCGUGUGCCAGUGCCACAACAAGCUUCAAGUGUCUUUGGAGAGAAUAAUUCUCAACCGAAUGGAGCUGCUCUCACAACCGCGCAAGACUCGUCCAGAUCCUUUGGGUUUGGUUCAUCUUUACCCAUUAUCCCCUCUACUUCUUCCCCCACACUGUCUCAGAGUGACAAUGGGUUCUCAAAGGAGCAGUCCCAGGACAUGGCCAUCCCUUCGUCCUCGUCAGAAGACCCUGUGCCUGACAGUUCCGGCCCCAGUAGCAUGACGGACGAGGCCGUGUCUUUUGAACACAAUCAGUCGCAGAAGUUUGAGGAAAGGGGCCAGUCGUCCAAACGAGACUCUGAGUCCAGCGACAACAGUGACUUGUCCGAUCUAAGCGAAAAUGAGGAGGGUCCAGAUAAGGGCAGAGGGCUGGACCAGCCACGGGAGUCUGAAGCGGCGCAGCAGAAGAGCAAAGCAGCUGCUAAAAGCCGACCUCGGAACAAGUCCAUCAAAGUGGGCCAGUCCGUGCUUAAAGAUCAGAGCAAGGUGCGUCGUCUAAAACAGUCUGGAGAGUCCUUCCUUCAAGAUGGGUCCUGUAUUAAUGUGGCUCCUCAUCUGCACAAAUGCCGUGAGUGUCGUCUGGAAAGAUACCGUAAAUAUCGCAAUGGGGAUGAAGAAAGUGAUGAAGAAGAUGACCCUAAUGUGGCCUGUCGUUUUUUUCAUUUUCGAAGAUUGGCGUUCACUCGUAAAGGUAUACUAAGAGUUGAAGGGUUCCUCAGUCCACAACAAAGUGAUGCCAUGGCUAUGGGUCUUUGGUUGCCAAGCCCAUCUGUUCAAGAAGGCCUGGACCUGGACACGUCCAAGUACAUUUUAGCCAAUGUUGGUGACCAGUUCUGUCAGCUGGUCAUGUCUGAAAAGGAGGCUGUAAUGAUGGUUGAACCCCAUCAAAAAGUAGCUUGGAAACGCGCAGUGAGAGGAAUCCGAGAAAUGUGUGAUGUUUGUGAAACCACUUUGUUCAACAUCCACUGGGUUUGCCGGAAGUGCGGUUUUGGAGUCUGUCUGGACUGCUACCGGCUGCGCAGAAUCAAACCACAGGAGGAAGAAAACCCGGAUGAUGAAGUAUUUUCUUGGUUAAAGUGUGCCAAAGGCCAGCCUCAUGAGCCACAGAAUCUCAUGCCCACACAGAUCAUUCCUGGUGCAGCUUUGUACAACAUCGGAGAUAUGGUCCAUUCAGCAAGAGGAAAGUGGGGUAUUAAGGCAAACUGUCCUUGUACUAGUCGGCACGCAAAGUCUCAAGUGCGCCCCAGUGCCCCAAACGGCAUUACACAGUCUGUAGGACCCACUAGUGCCAGCACUGGACCUGCAGCACUAAAAUCAGAAACUGAUGUAACAACUAUCAAAGCAGAGCCCAUAUCUGGCUCAACAGAAAGUUCCUCUAUAGAGACUGUGAGCAGCUCUAUCUCCACCAGUAGCUCUGCCACUCCUCCGGUACAUGCCCAGGCCUCCCCUAAAGAGCCUCGUCCAGCAGAGGGCAACAGUUCUGCUCUGCACUGGCUAGCAGACUUGGCUGCACAGAAGUCCAAGGAUGACACCAAGGAUUCGGGUACAUUGCGCUCAAUGAUGAAUCGAGAAAGUCGGCCACCUUUCGGACUGGAUUCACUCAGUGCCCUGUCAAAGCCAUCUGCAUCCAGUCCCAAGCUCUUCAACAGUUUGUUGCUGGGCUCCAGUGCAUCACAGUCCAAACCUGAGGGCUCUAGUCUGAGAGACUUGCUUAACUCUGGUCCAGGGAAACUCCAGCAGGGCCCAGGAGACAGUGGAGUGCCCUUCCCCUCUGUCUUUUCUUCAGCAGGUAGUGAUAAAAUGAAGAGUAGCUUGCCAAACUUUCUGGACCACAUUAUUGCCUCAGUUGUAGAGACAAAGAAGGCUGAAGGGCGGCGGAGUAGCAGCGCAGAAGGAGGAGAAAUUAGUGUUUUAGGCGGACGCAAGGAUGGAGUGAUAGGACUUAGUGUUUUGGAGCCACACACUUCUCACACAUGGCUUUGUGACGGCCGGCUACUUUGCUUACAAGAUCCUGGUAAUGUGAACAACUGGAAGAUCUUCAGAGAGUGCUGGAAACAGGGUCAACCUGUGUUGGUUUCUGGAAUACACAAACGUCUAAAAUCUGAGCUGUGGCGACCAGAGGCCUUUAGUGAGGAGUUUGGGGACCAGGAUGUAGACCUGGUCAACUGUAGAAACUGUGCUAUAAUCUCCGAUGUGAAGGUGCGAGACUUUUGGGACGGAUUCCAAGUCCUCAGCAAGCGUCUGCAGGAUAAUGAGGGAAAUCCUAUGGUGCUGAAACUAAAAGACUGGCCUCCUGGAGAGGACUUCAGAGAUAUGAUGCCAACACGAUUCGAUGACUUGAUGGAUAACUUGCCCUUACCCGAAUACACAAAAAGAGAUGGUCGCCUAAACCUAGCUGCCCGUCUACCCAACUUUUUUGUUCGUCCAGACCUUGGGCCCAAAAUGUACAAUGCCUAUGGCUUGACCUCAACAGAGGACCGUAAAGUGGGCACAACUAACCUCCAUCUGGAUGUAUCUGAUGCUGUUAAUGUCAUGGUGUAUGUGGGAAUCCCUCAAGGAGACAAGGAGUCAGAGCAAGAGGCUGACUUGUCUGGACGUCAAGAGGUCAUUGCCACCAUCGAAGAGGGUGAUGUGGAUGAGAUGACAAAAAGGAGGGUGUACGAGGGGAAGGACAAACCUGGAGCCCUAUGGCACAUCUACGCGGCUAAAGAUGCAGAGAAGAUUCGAGAACUGCUCCGCAAGGUGGGUGAUGAGCAAGGUCAAGAGAACCCAUCAGACCAUGACCCCAUUCAUGACCAGAGCUGGUACCUGGACCAAGUUCUCCGGCGCAGACUCCACGAGGAAUAUGGAGUUCAGGGAUGGGCCAUUGUGCAGUUCUUAGGAGAUGCUGUGUUCAUCCCUGCUGGUGCUCCUCACCAGGUCCACAAUUUGUACAGCUGUAUUAAAGUGGCGGAGGACUUUGUAUCUCCUGAACAUGUGAGGCACUGUUUCAGACUGACACAGGAGUUCAGGCAUCUGUCCACCACGCACACAAACCACGAGGACAAGCUACAGGUGAAGAACAUCAUCUAUCAUGCAGUGAAGGACGCUGUGGGGACACUAAAAUGCCAUGAAUCUAAAUUAAAGGGAUGGGGGGCACAUAGCCCGCCAGGAGCGCCUCUCAGAAGCCUUUACUUGAAGCGAGGACGUGUCCCGCUCGCACCGAGGUCAGACAGGAUGGUGUCGUGGAUGAUUUCGAGGAUAGUUGUACUCUCCUUUGGGACACUGUACCCAGCGUACGCGUCCUACAAAGCUGUGAAAACGAAGAAUGUGAAGGAAUAUGUGAAAUGGAUGAUGUACUGGAUAGUGUUUGCAUUGUUCACAACUGCAGAGACCAUCACAGACAUGCUGCUGUCGUGGUUUCCUUUUUAUUUUGAGCUGAAGAUAGCUUUUGUCAUAUGGCUUCUUUCACCGUACACUAAAGGCUCAAGUGUCCUUUACCGCAAGUUUGUCCAUCCGACUCUGUCCAAUAAGGAGAAGGAGAUUGAUGACUACAUUGCACAGGCCAAAGACAGGAGUUAUGAGACUAUGAUGCGGUUUGGAAAAAGGGGACUGAACAUAGCUGCUACUGCGGCAGUCACAGCCGCUGCUAAGGGCCAGGGCGUCCUGUCUGACAAGCUGCGCAGUUUCAGCAUGCAGGACCUGACCCUAAUCAAUGCAGAGGAUGAGAUGUUGCUGCACACAUCGGAGCGCGGCCGCUCCAGACGGGACACCGUGGACGACAUGGGCACAGGGGCCAGCACGCUGCCACGGGCCAGGAGCGCCUCUGCACGCCAGACUCGCUCCAUGGGCUCCCUUCAUGAUGAUGCAUCGUCCCAGCACAGCUCAGACAUGUCUGACACUAGGACCGAGCACUCUGACGAUGACUUGGGAGAAAGGACCGCAAAGAGAACCAGCACUGCUGUCAGAACAACCAAGAAACCUGCUGCCGCCAAGACGGAGACUCAAACAAAAACGGUGAAGAAAACCACAGUAAAGAAGAAGUCGCCGGCUGCCGAGACGCCAUGA